CGAAGUUUUCAUAAACAAGUCGAAGUGACAUUUGAUUUUGUUGAUUUUAAUUUCAAAUAAAAGGUAAUAGCCGGCCAUUUAACUAACAAGAAUUUAUAUGUAGUGAUAGUUGAUGAAUUAUUUUAAAGUAGUGCUGUUUUUAUUAAUUGUUACUGUUUUUAAUUCUUUAGAAUGUUAUAUUUUAAUUAUGGCAUCAGAAGAGCAUGCUGUUAAUACUGAUGAAAGUGAUGAUGAGGAGGAAGAAAAAAUGGAUGAUGGAGAAGAAGUACCUAUGGAAUUCGCUGAGGAUGAAGUUGAUAUUGAUUUAACACACUGCAGAAUAAGAAAAAUAGAGAACUUAGAGCAUUUGACAGCAGUAGAAGUACUGUGUUUCAGAAACAAUUUGAUUAAAAAAAUUGAAAAUUUACAUUCUCUUACAACAUUGAGAGAGCUUGAGCUGUAUGAUAAUCAAAUUACUAAGCUUGAAAAUCUAGAUGUUUUAGUAAAUUUAGAAAUCCUAGAUGUGUCUUUUAACAGAAUUGCAAAAAUUGAAAACUUAGAUAACUUGUUAAAUUUAAGGAAGUUAUUUCUAAUCAACAAUAAAAUCACUAAAAUUGAAAAUGUAAAUCACUUGGAGAACUUGGAAAUGCUGGAACUUGGAUCCAACAGAAUUAGAGUGAUAGAAAACUUAGAGGGGCUUAAAAAUUUGACUAAUUUGUUUCUUGGAAAGAAUAAGAUUUCCAAAUUACAGAAUCUUGAAGCUCUUGAAAAUCUUGAGCUUUUAAGUUUACAGAGUAACAGGAUUACUAAAAUUGAAGGAUUAGAUCAUUCCUUGAAACUUGAACACUUGUAUCUGAGUCACAAUGGGAUAUCAGAGUUGGAAGGCUUUCAGAAUAACGUCAAAUUGCAAACUUUGGAUCUCACAGGAAAUAGGAUUAAGAAAAUAUCAAAUGUUGAUCACUUGGUUGAUUUAGAAGAAUUUUGGUUUAAUGAUAAUGAAAUUACUUCCUGGGAGUCUGCAGAAGUGCUUAAGAACUUUAAGAAACUGGAAACUGUCUAUUUGGAGCAUAAUCCUAUAGCUGAGGACCCUAUGUAUCGCAGAAAAAUAAAAUUGAUUGUUCCUUGGAUUAAACAGAUUGAUGCAACUAUGGCACAAGGAAACUGAAGAAAAGAAAAUAUAUAGUUCUAUUUCUCUGUUAUUUAUGCAUUUUUCCAUCCAUACUCUAUUGUUGUGGGUUCUAGCUCUCACAUUUAUUUUAUGAAUAUUAUUUUCAUACAUAAGUUCAGAUUAAUAUAGAUUUUUAUACAGACUAUCAUUUUUAAACAGAUUUUUUUGUACUUCAUUUCGAUUGUAGUUAAUUUCUGAACAAAAAAUGUUAGUGUUUUUGUGCACUUAAAUGCAUAUUUGUAGAAGCUUAUUUUUUAAUUUCUUUAUUUAAUUUAAAUUGUUAAUUUUUAAAGUUUUUUUUUGUUUGUUAAAAUUUAGUUUAAAAAUAAUUUAUAACUCUUUUGUGUUUAAUUAUGUUAAUGAUUUAUUAAGAAAGCGUAACCAUAUUAAGAAGUUUAUGUGUUUAAAUUUUACUAAAUAUGCUUUUAUAUGAGAGCUUUGUAAAAAUAUUGUAAAUACAUUUUAUGUGGCUUUCUCUAUUAAUGUGUUUAAGAAGAUUUUUUUGUUUUUUUGUUUGUUAUUUUGAACUUUAAGAAAUAUUGUCUGUAAAAAGUUGAAUGUUAUUCUAAAAAAUUUGAUUGUCAGUUGGUGUUUUUUUAAAAAAAGGCAAUUUACCACUUUUUUUAGAAUGAAAAUUAAUUUUGAUUGUAAAAUCUGAUUAAUAAUUAAGGAUAAUUUUUUUAAUCAAAGUUUAGUAAUGUUUGUAAAUAUUUGAAAUGGCUUGAAAAUGAAAAGUGGUAUAUGUUUGUAACUACUGCAUACUUAUGAAAUAAUUUUUUGUUAUAAAUAAAACAUAUUCCAGAAUACA